UUCUGCAUUGGCUUCACUUUUCAAAUCGUGAGCUACCCCCUUUGGUCUGGACGAACAGAGAAGAUGAAAUUAGCUCGGUGGAGGUAGUCGAAGCCGGGGGGUCGAGCAGAGACUGUCCCCCUCCCUGCAGGUGUGAGGGCGAUGGGAUGCUGCAGCGUGUCGACUGUGUGGAUGUCAGUCUGAGAGAUGUUCCCUCCAACCUGAGCAGCUUCACCUCCUCUCUCUGGCUGGCAGGAAACAACUUGACAGAAAUCCCCAAAGAUGCUUUUACAGGUCUCAUCGGUCUCAGAGAGCUAACGCUGCAGAAUAAUCAUCUAAAGAGAGUUCCCUCCGAAGCAUUCGAGAACCUGAGGAACCUGCGCUCUCUGCGUCUGGAUGCAAACUUCAUCUCUCGUCUGCCGGCCGCCUCCUUUAAAGGCCUCUCGUCGCUGCGUCACCUGUGGCUGGACGACAACGUCCUGACGGCGGUUCCUGUUGUUGCUCUGAGCGACCUGACGCAGCUUCAGGCUCUGACCCUCGCCCUCAACAACAUCAGACACGUCCCCGACCGAGCCUUCGCCGCCCUCCGCCAGCUGGUGGCGCUUCAUCUCCAUGACAACCACAUCCGCUCUUUGGGGCCAAGAUGUUUUGACGGGCUGCACAACCUGGAGAUCCUAGAUCUGAGCUUCAAUAAAAUCAGCAGUUUUCCUGCAGCCGUCAGACGACUGAAGAACUUAAGAGACCUAAACCUUCAGAACAACAACAUCGCAGUCGUCCCAGAAAACGCCUUCACUGGAAACCCUUCGAUCCAGACCAUAAACAUCUGGAAUAAUCCCGUUCACACUGUGGGACACUCGGCCUUCCAGCUGCUGCCGGAGCUCCGGACUCUAUUUCUGAGUGGAAGCAUCACUGAGUUACCAGAUUUCACCGGGACCAACAGACUGGAAACCCUGUCCAUCACAGGAAGCCACAUCUCCUUCUUACCCAGCAGCAUCUGUGAGGAGCUUCCCAACCUGCAGACGCUGGAUUUGUCACAUAACCUGAUCCAGAGUCUGCCCAGCUUCAGCCGCUGUAGAAAGAUGCAAAACAUAAACAUGCAUCAUAACUCCGUACAUGAGACGAAUCCAGGAACCGUCCAGCAGAUGAAGGAGUUCAGAUCACAAGUUGCAGAUCAGCUGUUUGAUCUCCAGUCCUGCGUCUUUCUUCACUGCGUCAAGUUAACGAGCCUGCAGGAGAACAACAGUCCCCCCACAUGUUGUCUGGACCUGCUGCACCUCAGCGUCUGCCUCCUCUUCAUCCUCUCCGUCACUUUAAACCUCCUGGUCCUGGUCUCCGGCUUCCUGUCCUCCUCGGUGCUUGGACCUCCGUCCUCGCCGCGCCUCCUCGCUCUUCUCUUCUGGUUUCGUCUCCUGUCGGGUGUCUCGGGCACCUGCGUCCUCAUGGUGGACUGUCUCUGUGAAUUCAACCUGCAGACUGAUCCAGGACGUGGACUCGUGAGCUUCCUCUUCGCUCUCUCCUCUGAGGCCUGCGUCUUCCUCAUGAUGGUCGUGGUGUUUGAGAACCUCAGGUGUGUUCAGGUCACCUGUGCGGUCUGCUGCAGCUUCACUCUGGCUGUCGCUUCCUCACCUGCGCUUCUGCUGCUGUUUAACACUUCCUGCUUCCUGUUUAUGACCGUCACUCACUUGUCCCGCCGCCGCCACGAAGAGGAUGUGACAUUAAACCUGAGAGGAGUCCGUGACGAAGCCCUGAUGUUGACCUUCCUCCUCCUAACAAACACCGUGCUCUCCUUAUCUGCCUACCUGCUGCGCCUCCCCGCCCUCCUCAGUCCAGGUGUUUCCACAUCUGCAGUGCUGCUCCUCAUCUCAGCGCUUCCUUCCUGUCUGGACCCGCUGCUCUUCAUCGUCUUCAGUCCUUGUUUCGCGCCAGAGUUUCAGUCUUUCCAAAGCAGCGUGACAGGAACGCCGUCUUUUCAGUGUCACCGGCUGCAGGAUCAUCCAUCGCUGGCUGAAUAGUCUGUCUGGCUGCUGUUUGAAUCACACCACUUUAUAACCUCCACUAGAUGUACUUUGAUCACACAGGACCAGAUUAACAACAGAAAGGCUGCAGGCAGCACAGUACGACUGAGAGUGAUAGUAGUGCUCAGUGACACCACCUCAUAUCAGAUAAUCAUUUGAUCAAUCAUUACUAAACGUGUAAAAUCUUAAUCAAUGCACCUUUAAAGUGAUCUUGUCAAGUUUAUUGGAAAAAACAGAGGAGAUCCUGUAUAUGUAUGUUUGGUUGCAUGUUUUCUAAGAGUGUAAAUAUUGUUGCAGAGGUUUCGUUCUGUGUUAAAAGGCUCCGACUGAUUAUUAUUAUUUUGUAAUUUUGGUUUAUUCUGUACACACGGACAAAAUGUGGAAAAGCUGCACAAUCAUAGCUUUUAAUCAAAUAAAGAUCAACGUUUUUAGCAAACUGCCUUCAUGCAGCAGCUCACUUUCCUUCAGGUUCAUGGUUUUGUUGACAUGCUGCUCCUCCUGAAGUCUGAAUCAAGGCUCUGAGGGCAGACGGAGUCUCAUGUUGUGCAGGUUGUGAAGCUGCUCCAUGCAAAUUUAUAUCACUUUCCACUACAGCUUUAGUUUCUAGUUAACUACAGAUUUAAAUAUCUUUAGUAAACAUUAUUUCCAUCAUUAUAGUCGACAUUAAUGCCAUGAUUUAGCCUAACACUCAUUAAAGGGUCGUUCUGCAUAUUAUUUCUGAUACUUUGAGUACAUUUUUGUGUCUUUUUACUGUAAAAUUCAAUGACAAAGGUGUUUCUGAUGGACUUAAAUACUUUGUGCAUCUUGAACUGGCUUCAUGUACUGAUACACACGGUGUUACAUA